AUGAAUUUUAGUUCUGUGACUGUGGAUAACGUUACGCAUGGGGUUCGGUUUGAUAUUGAUUCGUUUGAAAGGAAAACAAGAUUUCGGUUUUUGAAAGAAAAUUUUGGAUAUUAUUGUUAUAAGUUAUACGAUGCUUAUGAAAGGACAACUCUUAAAUUGGUUCGUCUUUAUAGUGAUUUGAAUUAUUUGCAUGAAUGUCGACGACACGAUGUUAUACCGAAGUUUUUGCGAUUCAAGGUUGCGAAUCGUGAAUUAAUCUAUACUCAAGCAUACUGUAAAUGCCAACUUGUAUUGUUAAAGGAAGAAAUUUAUUCAAAGAAAUGUAAAAUUAAUGAUUUACGUAGAGUACAAAUGAAUUUGUAUGAGGAGUUAAAAAAUGUCUUCCCAGAUUGUGUAGUAAGAAAAAUAAAUUUUAUUAUGAAUGCUGUGCAAUGGAAAGAAGAGAAAGUUAAAUAUCGUCGUCAUUGUAAGAAAUUCAAUAAUUUGAUGGGCUUAUAUUAUUUACAAGAACAGCAAAGAGAGACUCAAACUCAACUGUUAAAUGAGCACCCACGAAAUCAAUUUAUAAAUGAUAAUGAUAAUAAUAGGAAUGAUAACAACAACGCUGUUGGUGUAAAUGGUAAUAAUAAUGGAUCUGAAUCAAAAUUAGUUUGGAAUUUAUCGAAUCGUGAUCUAACGGAAGACGAGGUUUCUGCUUUAGAAAAAGGAGUAUCGUUCAAUCGUCAUAGAAGAGUAAAUCGUACUGAAGUAAUUUCCAAUGUGGAGUAUUUCUUUUAUCAGUCAUCUGGCAUCCAUAAAGAACAAACUGAUUUUCAGAAGUGGGAUGAAGAUCCUGAUUGUACUUCAAAGAAAGAAAUUCGAAUUUUAGAGCCACGACAAUUAUCAUUUGCAGCUGAUCUAAAAGGUGCUACAGAAAAAUUCUUUAAUCAAGCUCAACAGUCAUAUAGCAGUAACAGAAAUAGAACGUUUAAUGAUAAAUAUGAAGAACAAUUAUUGAUUAAUUUAUCCAAGGAUCCGUCUAUUGUUAUAACUAGGCCCGACAAAGGAAAAGGUGUGGUACUAAUUAACCGUACUGAUUAUAUUGAAAAAUUAGAGGAAAUUUUAAGUGAUACUUCAAAAUUUCGAUUAGUUGAUAAAGAUCCUACUGGUUGUCGUGAAACUGCAUUAACAUCGCUUUUAAGAAAAAUAAAAAAUGAAGGAUAUUUGACUGAACAAGAGUACCGGUAUAUUAAACCAGUAGGUUCAAUUCCGGCAAGAUUGUAUGGAUUACCCAAAAUCCACAAAGAAAACAAAUCUCUUAGACCUAUUGUAUCUUGUGUACAAUCAUAUAAUUAUCGUUUAGGCAAAUUUUUAGCUGGCACCAUGAAGUCCAUACGGAACAGUAAAUUUUCAUUAAAAAACACCGACGAGUUUCAGAAAUUUUUAAAGCAAAAUUCAUCGUUAUCAAUUAACAAGAUGAUGAGCUUCGAUAUAGAAAGCUUAUUUACAAAUAUUCCAGUGAAAAGAACAAUCGAUAUCAUAUGUUAUAAAUUAUAUUGCACUGAUCCAAAAUUACGACCAUAUAUUCCUGAACAUUAUUUUCGUCAAAUGUUAGACUAUGCUACAAAAUGGACUCAUUUUCUGUUCAAUAACAAAUACUAUGAUCAAUCCGACGGGGUUUCAAUGGGAACGCCAUUAGCGGCAGUUUUUGCUGAAAUUUUUAUGGCAGAUUUUGAAGAGAAGUAUCUACCCGGUAUUUUAAAUCAAAAAGAUGCAAAACUAUUAGCUUGGUGUCGUUACGUGGAUGACACGUUUACCAUUGUUAAAUCGGAUGCAAAUGAAGAUGAAUUUCGUGCGCUCUUAAAUACUUUCGAUCCAUGUAUUAGAUUUACAGUUGAACCGGAAGCCAAUAAUACCAUACUGUUUCUUGAUGUGUUAGUGAAACGGAACAAUAAAGGAUUCGACACCACAGUACAUAGAAAAAAGACCGCAACCAAACUAAUGUUAAAGUGGAAUAGCUUAAUUCCAACAGCAUAUAAAAAAUCAUCCAUCUACCCAUUAGUUAACAGAGCUAUUCGAGUAUGCUCCACGUAUGAAUCAUUACACAAUGAACUACUGUACAUUCGUUCAAUGGCAGAAUUUAAUGGAUAUCCAUCGAACUUCGUGCAAAAUAUCAUAAACAAGCAGUUGAAUAAAUUCUAUCAAGAAAAACCAAGUGAGAAUUUGCCACAAACAACACAAAAUGAAACUAAUACAUAUAAAUAUAUUCAAGUACCAUAUAUUGGUAAACCAAGCUAUAACUAUUCACAGAAAUUACAAUCAAUUAUCAGGCAAUACAAUCCAACAGCACAGGUACGAGUAAUUUACACGACAACAAAUCAAACUCGAAGAUACUUUCCAACGAAGGAUAAACUGAAAUCAAAUAAAAAAGCCGGUGUAGUAUACGAAUUAUCCUGCUCAGAUUGCAAUAAAACCUAUAUUGGCAAAACAAUUAGACAAAGUUAUCGACGUGUAAACGAACACGAAAAGGAUGCCGUAAAAGCGCUAAUAACUAUCAGCAAAGCAUCAUCAAUACUCCAAGAACGUAAACAUAUUAAACAACAUAUAAAUACCAAAAAAAGCCGUAUUGAGAAAAAACCAUCAUCUCAACCAUUACGUAAGAGUCUCCGAUUAAUUAACAAACCAAUACAAUCUCAAUCACACAACCACAGCUCACAAUCCAAUCUUCCCUAUUACAAACCACAAUCCGCAUUGGGAAAACAUGCAUUUCAAACCGCGCAUAAAUUCAAUUUUGAAAACAUCAAUAUUCUUGAUCAAGAUCAGAAACAUUAUCGUUUGCUACUCAAAGAGUCCCUUCAUAUUCGAAAGGAAUCAUAUCAACCAAACACUCCAGAGCACCAUCCCAGCAACAUUGAAACAACACGCACAGUUACUCAUUUUCCACAUCGUUUAUCAUUUUCAUUCACUUUUUCAAUUACAUUCAAAAUCCUGUUUUCUUCGAAAUUUUCAACUUAUUCAAUAUCAUUAUUCUAUGAGAUUGGACUGUUUCCUCAUGAUGAUCACGUCGAAAAUUUCAAAGUUGAAACAACGGGUGUGUGCGGGGCAAUGAUCAAACGAUAUGAUGAAAUGACAGAAACAGAAGCAAUUAAACAAAAAUAUAGAGAUGGUCGAGUGCCGUUUGUUGAUAAUGCAACAGACGAGAAAGGAUACAUGCGUGCAUGGAUAUGUAAUCAUACAACGAUUUCUUCUGUAUCUCAAUUUGAAAAUGAACUUCCACUAGUUCUUAUUGCUAAUCUUAAACCAAUUUCGAAACGUAGUGACGAAGGAUACGAGGCAAAUCCAGUGCGACUACGUGACAUGAAAAAAAAUAUAAAAAUCAAUACAACCAAAUAUCAACUUUAUGCAACAAUACAUCACAAAGAUGCACAUUUCACAGCUACUCUAAUUGAUCCACUGAAUAGAUUGUAUAUAUUUGACGAUCAGAAAGGUGUACGAGAAGUGCGAAGUUCAACAGACAUGAUGGAAUAUGGACUAUAUGUUCGACUUCCUGACUUUUAA